ACGUCAUCACCCCGCGCCUCAAACCUCGCCUGACAUGUAAUCGGUCGUGUUGAUUUUCUCUGCGCUCACGUUUCCGGUGAAAUGUCGGUUUUUCACGACGAAAUCGAGAUCGAGGACUUUGAAUAUGACGAGGACACAGAGACGUUUUAUUUCCCGUGUCCCUGUGGAGACAGAUUCGCCAUCACGAAGGAGGACCUGGAGAACGGAGAGGAGGUGGCAACGUGUCCGAGCUGCUCACUGAUUGUGAAAGUCAUCUAUGAUAAGGACUUGUUCAUGUUGGGAGAGAUCAUCGAAGCUCCGUCGUCUUCAGAGACCAAACUGGAACUGGCUCAGUCCUGAACUCCAUCAACCCCCCCCCCCCCCC